AUGGCUUCCCCGGAGACGUUUGAUGUUAUCAUCGUUGGAGCUGGCCCAUCUGGGCUGAUGGCCGCCACUUGGAUGGCUCAGACAGGAAUCAAAACCUUGGUUGUUGAGAAGAAGCUUUCGCACACCAAAGUAGGGCAUGCCGACGGGCUGGAAAGUAGGACAUUCGAAAUAUUGGACAGUUUUGGAAUUGGUGCUGUUUGGGCGGAAGCCAAUAGGACCAUUGAGGACCAAUUCGAUGGCCAAAUUCGCAGGAUAAACGUCGCGACCAAUCACAAUCAGGGAUUGUCUAGAUAUCAAGAGGCUACGUUGGGACAAGGGAAGGUAGAACAGCAGUUUUUGGGGUUUUUACAAAGUCAUAGAAACAUCGACCUCAAGUGGGGCAUGACUCCAAUCUCCUUGAACGUUGACUCGGUUAAGCCGGACGAUAUGAGCGCUUACCCUGUCCAAGUUCAUCUCCAAACAGAUACUAGGCCGGAUGUAGAGGAGUCGGCGAUCUCAACACAGGUCCGAGCAAAAUACUUGAUAGGCUGCGACGGUGCUCAUAGCUGGGUUCGAAAAAGCCUAGGAUUGGCGCUUGAAAGAGAUACGGUGUCAGAUGAGGACUACUGGGGAGUCAUCGACUGCUUACCCAUCACGGACUUUCCCGAUGUCCGGAAGAGAUGCAUUAUCAAAUCCCUUGGAGGGAAUAUCAUGAUAAUACCUCGGGAGCGAAAGAUCGUUCGCUUUUACAUUCAGCUAUCCGCUGCCGUUGCUACGAAGUUGAAGGAAAACCAUAACCCGUCGCUGCUGGUUGGCCUUCUGAGAGGGAUCCUCCACCCAUAUACCUUCGCCUCGUCCCUUAUUGAAUGGUCCACUAUUUACCAUGUUAGUCCUCAGAUUCCCCUUUCACCCGGCGUCAUUAUGCGUUCAGGGGCUCACACUCCCAAUUCAGGCGACUCCCUCCAUACGCAUUCUCCAAAGGCCGGCCAAGGAAUGAAUGUCAGCAUUCAGGAUUCGUACAAUCUUGGGUGGAAGUUGGCUCUUGUUUUGAAAGGCAGAGCAAUCCCACGUGUCCUACAGACAUACCAGGAAGAGCGUCUCCCCGUGGCAGAGCGAUUGAUUUCCUUUGAUCGGCGAAUGUGUCAGGGCCUAUGCUCAAUCCCUGAGAUCACCACGCUGGAUAUAUCGGAGGGAAAAUUCAAAGACCUGAUAUCAACACUUGCCGAAGAGAACUCAUCAGCAUCUGGACUAGGGGUAACUUAUGCGCCCGGCCUCCUAGUAGCCGCUGCAGGGACCCAUGCAGCUCAUCGAACACUCUGCCUUGAAAACCAAGAUAUCUCCCCUCAUAGCAAACCCUAUCUUGCUCAACACAUUAUCCUUGGCCGCAGAAUACCCAGUGAACUUGUGCUAAAUCAAAGUGAUUCUCGCCCUUGGCACCUACAGGAGCAACUCCUCAGUACAGGCCAAUGGCAUCUGGUCGUCUUUGGGGGCGAUAUUGCUAACGAAGGCCAGAUGGCUCGUGUGGAGCAACUUUCCACGAAACUCUCCCAACCAUCGUCAUUAAUUAACCGCCUGAAUCGAGGGGCUCAGGAGAGUUUGGCUGGGACUGUCGGGGUUUACCUUGUCCACAACGCAUCAGAAUCUGUUGAGUGGAUAGAGACCCCAGCCAUCUUCAGACCAUUUAACCCAGUUACUGGAUACGACUACACAAAGGUCUUUGUGGACAGUCAAGGCUACAAACUGUCUGGUAAUGCUCAUCGGCGGUAUGGCAUCGGCCCAGAGGGCUGCAUGAUACUCCUACGCCCGACCAACAUGUCGCUUUCGUUGGAGAUCUAG